AUGUCUGUGGUAAGAGCCGAGAGCGACGUGAGCAACCCUUUUCUCUCCAGGAGGGAGAUCGUGUGCAGCUUUGCCAAUAUGAGCGGAAGGCUGGGCAAGAUGAAGGCGACAGAGAUGGUAACAGAGGAGCUUGGCCUUGGUGGCAAGCUGGUCAUUCCCAUUCUGCUGAAGAACCAGGUUGGAAGAACCGACGUAAAGGGCACAUUCUACGUGUAUGACGACGAGGAUCUGGCAAGGAAGCACAUCAAUCCCAGCAUCAUGACACGGUUUGACAAGGCAAGAAAAGCGGCAGAGGGGGCAUCGGAGUAA